AUGCCUGCAACGACAACCGUGGCGCUUCCGGAUCUCCCAGGACCGUCGUCGUGUGGCGAGUCGGGCAACUUCACACUGACCUUCGAUGACACAGUCGUCGGUGACGACAACAGCAUACUGCUUGUUGCCAAUGGCAUGACGAACCCGUACCACCACCUCUUCUAUGCCAACGGAUAUACAUAUAUACCUGACAUGUGGGAGCCAUACCCCGCCAUCUCGCAGCCAAACAUCGCAAUGUUCCUGCCUCUGACCGGACGCCUCCUUCCCAACACGCCAUUUGCGGGCAUGAUGCUUCCCGGUGAGCUUGGUGCCGGACCACGGGCUUCGGUGGAUGCCUACUGGUUCAACGCGUAUUCUGCCUACUUUGGUUGCGCUCUCAGCGGUCUUGAGCCCUGUACAUUGCGGGUGUCUGGCUAUCGCUAUGACCCUGUGCUCAAAGAAGAGGUGCUCGUUGCAGAACAGAAUGCGACGAUUCCAGCAUGCUGGGGGUACAUCGACUGCCACCUUACUCAGGUCUUUUUCAACGACCAGUUCCGGGCGCUUUCUGGGAUCCAGUUCAAUGCCUACACAUACCUGUUGGGCAUACCGCAAGUGCACAUGGUGGACGAUCUGCAGAUGGAGUGUCUCUUUCUCGGGUUUCCUUGUCUCUGGGAGAAAUCUCUCACUGUCGCCGAAGGUAGACCGCCGAUCCAGGCCCGAGGCCCGCUACCAUUUUUCAGAGCUAUGGCUACCUUUGCGCCUACCAAUUUUCCCUCAGACGUCGGCGAGAAACCCCACCAGGAGCCCCCACCACAGCAUCUCCAACACGGACCCUUCUCCCAUCAACUCAACCCGCCAACCGCGCCAUACACGUCGAAUCCGCCUCAGAUAUCACGACGAGCUUCGCGCGACCUCCGGCCCCAGCAUUCCAACGGCGCAAUGGCGGGCGCAAACGGUCAUGGGCCCAUGGCAGUGCCUGGCGGGCGCAUCAACGGCCAAGAGCAUCGAGCAAACUUGCGCGACAUGGGCUUUGCUGGCCCGCGCAGUCCGCCAAACAACAAGAAUACCUCACACGUGCCCUGCAAGUUCUACCGGCAAGGCGCAUGUCAGGCUGGGAAGGCGUGUCCGUUCUUGCACUCCGAUGAGCCGCUGACAGAGCGAGCGCCCUGCAAGUAUUUCACAAAGGGAAACUGCAAGUUCGGCCAGAAAUGUGCUCUUGCCCACAUCCUCCCCAACGGCCAUGUCGUAAACCGCGGAAAUGCCGGCGGCCACUUCAGCCGCAUGAACAUUCCCCAUCACCAGGAGCUACCUAUGAACAGCUCGCUGCUUACCAUGCAGGCACACAUGGGCGGUAUGCAACCCGGCUAUCCUUACGCCAUGCCCGACGAAUACGCGAACCAGAAGAACCAGUACGACAUGAUUCCGACCAUUGACACCACGUUCUCUUCACACCCAGGUUCCAACUACGGCUCGCCGCCAAACGAGAACGGCCGACUUCCAAUAUCCCCAACCCAAAAGGGCCUGAGUGUCAUGGACGUAGGACUCCCAGCCUCGUUCGACAGCCAGGGUGUCUCCACCAUGGCACGAUAUGGCCCCAUCGCCUCCUCUGUACCCGCCAAGUUCCUCGCAAACUCUCCGCCAUCUUCAUACCAAGCCGACUCGCCUGCUCUCCGAAACCUACACGAUUCUGCAUUUGGAGAUGGUCUGCGGAGAGGCAUUGCGGGAUUGGGAUCAUCCCCGCCAGAAUCCGUCGAGCAGCCAGUGGGGCGAAGGAUGCUACAUUCCGAGCUUGCUGCUAAUCGGUCUCGGGGUAUCAUGUCUUCAAGUGUGGGCGCGCGUCCGACGUACAAGGACGAAGAAUGGGAUGAGACGGACAUGAUUGGCAAAUUCGAGGAAGACCUACUGCCAAACUCGCUCAGCGAUCUUCUUACUCCUCAGGAAAAGAUGCGCCGCUUCUCCCGUGACCAGGGCGAGAGCGACAACCGCACCUCACAAUCCAGGUUUGGUGUAUCGCCAACAGCAUCGGACCUUAAAUAUGGAUCCCCAUCGGCCGCAACCGCCUCCCCCUCGCGCUUCCAGUCCAUGUGGGCCAAGCCGAGAGGACCGACCUACGAGCAAGGGUUUGAAUCAGGUUCCCUCCCAGGUCAGUCAGCUUUCGGACACGUCGGCUCACCACUACGCAACUCAAGCCUCCACCCGGGAGCCAGCCCUUCGUUGCGCGCUAUGAAUCGACCGACUACUGGUGAUAUGAGCCCUUACCUAGCUUCGCCUCCCCGUCAAGCUUCCAUGAGCAUGAUCAGCCAACAACUGCAGCGAACUCGACUUUCAUCUCGUGAAGAGACUGGCAUCACCAGCAACCCCGUCCAUCCCGGAAUCAACCGCGUUACCUCGGCAUCCAGCAUUGGUAGCUCCAGUGGGCGUCUUGGUAUCGAUCGUGCUGUAAGCAGCAGCAGCAUUAACCGCGAGAGAAUCGAGGAGGAGCAAGGCCUUUUCAGUAUGGAAGAAGAGGACGACCUCAACAAGAGCAGGGAUGGUGCCUCUACUACCUCCAGUACGAGCAACAAACGUUUGAGUGGUCUAUCCUGGGGCAGUGGCGGCAAGGGCAGCCCGAACCUUGCACCUGUCGGCGGCCAUCGCACUACUGGCUCAUCUGGACUCGGAAAAGAAACGGGACCCUGGGGUAGCAAUGCUUGA